CUAUGCGUUUCUGCAUUUGUUUAGGGAGUGCAUCACUUGUUGCCUGUGUCACAUUUGUGUUUGUGUGUGUGGACUGACAAGAUGAAACGGUUUCUGUUUUCGCUCGUGCUGGUUGGAGUCGUGUGCGCAAACGAAAUUGAUCAUGGGUUGCCAUCAGAAGAAACGCUAAAGAACGGCCUUAGCAACCAAUGUGCCAACCGUCAGACAUCCUCAUGCAUUGCUGUAGAAUUUGUGGGUUACGUCGACAGAAUGCUUCGGACAGCUGCCUUCCAGCUCAGCGACGACAUGAUGAUUGUUGAUGAAAGCAAUGGCUUAGCUGCCGAAAUGCCCAUCAAGCCAGAGACCCUUGCAAGAGCUGGUACUUCCCUAGAAGACCAGGCGCAACAGGUGAUCAUGGAAAAGCUGUGGAACUUUGCCACCACUAGGUCCUUGAGGUACAGGAUCCUGGAUAAUGCAGAUGUGGUCAUUGCGGGCAAACAAGAGAAGGACGGAAGCUUGGGUGUUGGUGUAUCAAUGAAAGCCCCAAAAGUAUUUGAGAGCGGCAGACAAAGGAACAAGAACAUGGGUCCAUUCCUCGCAGCAGCAGCCUUGAAGUUCGGCCUCCUUGGUGCUCUGACCUUCAAGGGUCUAUACCUGAUGGUCGGAAAGGCUCUCCUUAUCUCCAAAAUCGCUCUACUCCUCGCUACGAUCAUCGGACUGAAGAAACUCUUCUCUCCUCAGGUGACAGAUUAGCUAUCAUCAAAAAGGACUAACUCAUUUCGGUGAAUGUGACCUGACGGAGCAUUGGCGAACGGUGAAGGAAUAUUAACAAUGGCAGAGUUAAGAAUUAAUUAUUGAAAGCUUAAAGCACCAUCAAAUUUGUUCAACAGCGCUUUUUUGGGGGAGUGUGGUAAAUUUCGAAUUACAAGAGCGGUAGAAUUCAUUCCUAACUUUGCCGUUCACGAUUGUAAAUAAUAUUUAUUUAUUGUUAAUUCUACUAACUUGUACAAUACUAGUUUCGCAUUUAGAUGAUAAAAUAACUGCAAGUGUACUAACGAUUAUUUAUUGUGGAUUAAAUUAUUGUUGACUAA